GGCAGUAGCGGAGGCAGUGGUGGUGGCGGUGCCGCGCGCUCAUUCCCUCGCCAGCCACGGGACGGAGAGGGUCACUCCGCGCCUGCCGCCGCCGCCGCCGCCGCAGCCACGCCCGCCAGGCAUCAUGGGGCUCCUCCUCUUCCCGCGCCUCCCACGCCACGCAGUACACGCCUUCUGACGCUCGCUGGAGGCCGCACGCACGCAUCCAGGCCGCCCAUGACAGGCUGGAGCGGGGGCGUGGAAGGCAGUGGGCAGCAGGAGACGCCGCGACUGACUGACUGAGCCCAAGCGAGUUAAGCCGCGGUAAAAGUUUCCGUGCGGGACGACGACGACGAAGACCUUGCUGCUGCUGAUGAUGAUGACGACGUGGUGUUGCUGAUGAGCGUUUGUGUGCGUCCUCAAAGCCAGCGAGAGAAAAGAGGACGAGCGUGAAGAGGGAAAAAGAGAGAGAGAUUUGUUUUUAUUCGUCCUCUAAGUGCUGACUCGCUUUUGUUUUUUUCUCUCUUGUUGGUAGAAACGAGGACGACUUGUUUGCUUAUUUGUUUGUUUAUCUCUCCGGCGUGCGUUCGUGUGAGUGUGGAAACAAAGAAAGAUAAAAAAAAAGAAGAAUCCUGUUUUUCGAAUCUAACCGUGGACUUUGAUAACAGAUUCACAGGCACUACUAGGAAAGAAUUGCAACAUCCCGUCAGAGAGAAAAGAUGAAGAUAGAAAAAUAAAAUAACAGUAACGUUGAAAAAUUCCCUUCGUGUGGACGUGAUACACCUGAGCUUCCGAGGCGGGCAGAAUUAAAGCAACGCCCACCACCACCACCACUACCACCACCACCACCACCACCACCAAAAAGUUCGAAAAAGGGGUGUGAGGAAAGGAAAUCGAGGACGUGUCAGUGUCAGAACGUGUCACUACUGAAAGAGGGAGAGAGGAAAAAAAUAGUGAGAGAAAAAGACUGAGAGAUAUUCGUCAUCACAGCACUGAGAGAUAAAGAAAAAGAGAGACAGGAAGAGAGAGAGAGAGACUUGUGGGAGCUGCUUCAUUGUCCAACUUCUCCUCCUUUCCCCCCUCCUCCUCCUCCUCGUCCUCGUCAUCGCCCUCACUUACUCAUCAUUUCUUCAGGAGCCUCGCCCAAGACUGUCGUUGAGGUAGGUCGCCAUUUCAAAAGAUGCUACCCCGGGACCAAUGAACGUGGAGCAUGCUGUGUGGUGGGCGUGGUCAAGCGUGGGCGUGGGGCGUGGCACUGCUGCUGACCUGGGCACGGGCGGCCACACCCUCUCCUGCUGUGGAUAACGAGGCGGCGGGGCGGGCGUGGGAUGAGGUGCUGAGGAAUGUGUCGCAUCUGUCCUCGGGGAGCCUCGGGACCUCCUGCGCCGCUCAGCCCUUCUACAGGAUUGCCGUGGAGAUGGAGCGCUUUGAGACUACGCGACAGAAGGUGGACCUGAUGGUGAGGGUGCUGAGGAACCUGACCAGUCAAGCCACGGUGGAAGUGUUGGUGGGGAGCCUUCUAGAUUCCGAGGGGGAGAAGGUAAGGGGGGUGAGAGUCAUCUACACCCCCCCACACGGCCACUCCCCCGCCCUCACCUUCUCCAGCCGCCCCCCCUCCCCCUUCACCACCACCACCACCACCACCAGCAUAACACCCCUUGUCAACACCACCGAUGUCAAGAUGCAGUGGGUGAAGGAGCAGCCGUGGUUCUGGGGAGAGGGUCCGUACGGCGCUCCCCACACCAAGGAGAGGUUCCAAGGGGGCGGGGGGGAGGGGGCGCUUGGCUUGUGGACCUUCCCCUACUUCGUGUGUGAGGGGCGGAGGUGGGUGGUGAGCUAUACGGCCCCCCUCCGCCCCUCCACCUCCCCCGUCCUCUCCUUCCCCUCCUCCUCCUUCCCCUCCUCCUCCUCCUCCUCCUUCUCCAGGUCAAGUCAAGGGACGAAAAACUGGGACAUGGAACUGGUUAGCGUGGACGUCGAUCUCUCUUCGUUUGACAUCAACCAGUGUGACCUUGAAGACGGGGAGGAGGAGGAGGAGGAGGAGGAGGAGGACCAGCAGGAGGACGGGGAGGAGGUCCGGGAGGCAAGGGGACAACUCUCCUUCUUCAGAGGCUCCCACAAGUGUGACAGGGAGACCUCCAAGUGUGUGUUCCGCAGCGGCCAUGGGUGGGUGCGCGGUGGCUACAUAUGUCGCUGCCUUCACGGCUUCUACCCGCAGAACACAACCUUUAACGGCACAAUGGUUGAAGUGGCGUGGGAGGGCAAGCUGGCGCACAACAACCCCAUCUAUGACCAGCUGUACACGUGUCGGCCCUGCCCCAAGCACUGCCAGAACUGCACGAGAGAGGAGCCUUGCGACGCCCCCUACAACUGGCCCUUCAGGAUAGCUCUGUUGUCCAUCUCGUCGCUGUGCAUCGUCUUCACCUUCGUGCUGAUGGCCCUCGUCUACCACUACCGCAGCGUCAAGGUGUUCAGACUCGCUUCGCCGACCUUCCUCUGCAUCUGUCUCAUCGGCUGCACCAUCAUGUACCUGGAGAUGGCGGCGAUCUUCCCGGUGCUGGACACGUAUUCCUGCGUGGCGACCAAGUGGACGAGGCACCUGGGCUUCUGCAUCACCUUCUCCUCGCUCCUCAUGAAGACCUGGAGGGUGUCACUCACCUACCGCGUUACGUCAGCCCACAAGAUCAAGCUGACGGACAAACAGCUGCUACAGUGGCUGACGCCCAUCCUGCUGAUCAUGCUGGUGUACCUGGGCGCGUGGAGCCUCAGCGCCACGCCCAGCGCCGAGGUGAUGGAUGACGACCGGAAUCUCAAGUACAAGCAGUGUAUAUACGAUUGGUGGGAUCACUCGCUGGCCAUGGGUGAGGUUCUGUUCCUGAUGUGGGGCGUCAAGGUGUGCUUCAGCGUGCGGAAGGCGGAGAGCUUCUUUGACGAGGCGAAGUACAUCUCCUGGGCCGUCUACAACAUCGCCGUGGUCAACAUCGUCAUGGUAGCCUUCCACCUCCUCAUCUUCCCAAAGGCCGGCCCGGACAUCAAGUACCUCUUCGGCUUCCUGAGGACACAGUUCAGCACCUCCACCACCGUGCUGCUCAUCUUCGGCCCAAAGUUCUACCGGAUCGUGCAGGGGACGGGGGACCAGUACGACAACAGGGCGCGGGCCAAGGGCGUCACCGCGAGCUUCUCCCUCAACGGGCUGGGUGUGAUGAACGACGAGCCGGCCGACUUGUCACAGGAGAACGAGGAACUGAAGGAGGAGAUUCAGAAGCUCGCCGCGCAGAUGGAGUUCAUGAAAAUCGUGCAUAUGGAGAUGAACAACAGACACCUCAAACCGAAGCCAAGCGGGUAUUUCAGCGACAAGAACCCAGCCAUGGCGGGCCCCACCUCCCCCUCGGGCCCGCGCUCUGACACCACCACGCAGGAGAACCCCCCGGCGAAGCUCUCCUCUCCUGCUAACGAAGGGGCCGCUGAUAGGGUCUGACUAGUGGCCAACAGUGAAGAGGUUUGGCUGUAAGCUCCGGUGAGGUGAUGGUUCGCCUCGCCGGUCACACAGGGUAAAAAAGGUUGGCUGGCUGGCUGGCUGGAUAAUUGGUUGGCUCGCUGGCUGGCUGGUUAGUGGCGCCGUGUGUCCAUAGCCGUGUGUGUGGGAGGCUGUGGGUGAUCUUCAAGGCGUGGUGUGAUGUCCUAUGCCUUCCUGCCUCCUAACACUCCGUUCUUUUAAUGUUAUUCCUUCUUUCCUUUCACUUACAAGCUCGUUUCGUCUCUCUACUUCUUCAUUUUCUCUAGUCUCGAGGGAGGUGAUGGGAGGUGUUCUGUGUUUUCCUCCCUCUCAUUCUCCUCUUCUUUUCCUCGUUGUCACUUUCUUUUCUUCCCUCUCACAUGUUUUUCUCUUUCCUCUUUCCUUUCUCAUUUCCCGUGUAGCCGCUGUGCCUUCAUCCCUCUCAUCCUUCUCUUCUUUUCCUCGUUUCCCUUUCUCAUUCCUCCAUCUCUCAUCUUUUUUUUACCUUUUUCCUCCUCGUCCGUGCAUCCACUGUGUCCUUAUUCCUCUCAUUUAUUCUUCUCUUCCUUGUUUACCUUUCUCAUUCCUCUCUCUCACAUUCUCUCCUCUUUCCUUUACUCUUUUUCACCUUCUUUCUCAUGCCCCGUGGACUAGAUCAGCCGGGGAAAGCCAUAAGGAUGUGUUCGAAUCAACGUGUUUAAAUAGGACGUUUAGCAAGGGAUAGGACCUCCACUGCGCCUACUCCUACUAUGCUCCUGCUGCCUCCACGCCCGCAGCCUCACCACCCAGCUCUCAGCAUCACCAGCCCGCCCGCCCGUCCGUCCCGUGAGAUGCGAGGGGGAGCAGUUUUGAUAUGUGUCGAGUUGCUGACGGGAGGAUGGAAGAGAAAGGGUUGGGUCGGAAUAGUAGUGAUUGGACGGGCGAGCUGGGAGUGUUGAUUGCCUUGCUGGCGUGGGGGCAGCGAGGGGAAAGCCACACCCACACCCACACGCACGCCCACACCCUGCACGCGGCACUCGACGGGUUAUGUUGCAUUCCACUUAUGAUUAAUUUUAGGGAGGACAGACCACGCUGAGUCCACGCAGAGACGGGAAAUUCUACGCCCUUGUUCCAAGCUCUCCCUUCCUCCCCUAGUAAGAGAUGUCAGUGUUACUACCAACUCAAAAAAAAAUCUUAUAAAUUGCUAUUCGUCCAUGUUGAUUGAAUUUUAAGUGGUUUCCUUUGCCAUUACGUUUUUUCCACAACUAUACUACAAUUAACAAAAGAUAUUCGUCUACGUUACUGAAAUUCCAAGUGCUUUCCUUUACAAUUACUUUUUUUCUGGAUAUGCUUUCCCUAUUCUACAACCUACAUCAUAUUCGCCGUUGUUUAUGAAAUUCUAAAUGCUCUCCUAUCCAAUAACGUUUUUUUCUGGAUAUUUAUAUCUUAUACUACAACUGACAAGAUAUUCGUCAUUGUUAAUUAAAUGCUUUCCUUUCCAAUCACUUUUUAUCUUGUUUUUUUUUUUACGCCACACUGCCACUAACGAAAGAUAAUCAUGAUAUACGUGGCCAUUAAACCAGUGAAAGUGGUUUAUAGAAAUUCUAAAUGCUUUCCUUUACAAUUUCUCUUUUCCUUGAUUUAUUUACGCCACAAUGCCACUAAUAAAGGAUGUCAUGGUUUAUAGAAAUUCCAAAUGCUUUCCUUUACAAUUUCUCUUUUCCUUGAUUUAUUUACGCCACAAUGCCACUAAUAAAGGAUAUCAUGGUUUAUAGAAAUUCCAAAUGCUUUCCUUUCCAAUUUCUCUUUUUCUUGGUCUUUCUUUACGCCUUACUACAACAAACUGAAAAUUAUUAUGAUAUAUAUAGCAAUUAACCAGCAAAUGCUCGGAGUCUGGCUGUCUGAUAAUUAAAACUAAUGCCAAAGGAAGGAUAUCAUGGGUGGAACAUCUGAUCGUUAUGAUGUAUGUAGCCAGUGACCCUUAAAAGCUCCGGGUCUGGCUGUCUGAUAAUUAAAACUAAUGGCAAAGGAAAGAUAUCAUUGGUGGGACAGCUGCGUUUUGUAUGUAGCCAGUAACCCUUAAAAGCUUCGGGUCUGGUUGUCUGAUAAUUAAAACUGAUGGCAAGGGAAGGGAGAGCUUGCAACACGGCCGUUAGUUUAGUUUCCCGGCGACAGAUGGAGUGUGUGUCGCCUUGGUGUGGGUUUCUCUGCACUGGUAACACUGGGUGGAGAGUGAGGCGGUGUCCAAGUGAUCCAUUUCCUUGUUCCUGUUGUUGUUGUUCAUUUGGAGUCGUGUUCUAAGCUAAGACCAAGAGGAGGUGGUGGUGGUGGUUCUCAGGUCAUAAUUCUCAAACACUUCCGGCUUUUUCACAUCAUCUAUUUCCGAAGACCAAAAAAGAUAUUAAUCAGGCUCUCAUAAGUGUUUUCUUGUUCACGUUCAUGGCAUAGAAUCUCUCUCUCUCUCUCCCUCUCUCUCUCUCUCUCUACUCCAUCACUCACUGUCUCGGGAUUCGCUUCGUGUCUCGCUUUGAACACGCUCGAACAUGUUUGAACACGCGGGUGAGUCUUGAUGUAAUUUGGCGGGGUGAGGAGAGGGGGGUGGGGGGACAGGAUAGCGAGGCCUAACUGUCUGUCUGUGCUGGCUGUCUGUGAGGCUUCCUAGCAUCGUGAAUAUGGCACAGAAAGCAUCAUAUCAGUGCAAAAGAAAAUAAAAAGAGUCGAGGUUUUAUGACACAACUGGGACUCAAAUUCGAAGCUUCGGUGUUUGGUUCAGUGAUUCAUAAAAUGUAGUAAUAUCUAUAGGGCUGUCAUCUCCUUGGGUUAAAAAAAACUGUGCCAUUUAGCGGAUAAGCGCCAACCACUAACGCAACUUUGAGGCUACAUAAGAAGAUAUCCUACUGGCGCUAUAGACUUCCACAAAAAAAGUACUGAUCUAGUGUCGAUCUGUCCACCGUGACCCACAAAAUCAGCGCCUCACAGAACAGACCACGACAGGCACAUCCAAAACAGACGGGUAGACAGACAGACAGACAGACAGACACAGGCCGGCACAGUCACCCUUCAGGCUUAGAAAGUGACUGUUUGCACGACUCCUCCUCCUCCUCCUCUUCCUCCUCCUCUUCCUCCUCCUCCUCUUCCAGUACUGCAUCAAGGGACGACCACGAAGAACAAGGUUUGUUUGGCCAGGUCACCGCCUCACACUCUGCCUCUUAAGUCCCUCAGUAUUGGUCUGCACGAAGCACUUUGAGUUAGUUAGGUUUAGUAUGAUGAUUAAGCACUUCAAACAUUCCUUCCUGUAUGAUUUAGCUUUAGUUAAGGUCCGUAAUCUCAAACGCUUUUGGCUCACAGCAACUAUUUCCCAAGGCCACAAAGGAGAUGAGUCGAGUUCUCAUGAGUCUUUUUUUCACAUUCAUGGGGAUGCAGAAGCCUUGUUAAACCAUCACUUGGGUCGUAAUACCUACCCACCAUGGAAUUACCCACCCACAGCAACCUCGACGGAAGCCUUGCCAAAUGGGAGUGUCUGUGUGAGCUCCGAAAUGUUUGAGAAUGCGGGCUUGAGUUAGUUUCAAAGGAUUCAUGUUAUGUCUAAGGUUACGUACGGACAGUUGUGGACGGAAACUGAUCCUCUUUACCCUCGCAAGACGGUGAUUCGUGUCCGCGUGAAGGUGGAAGAGGAGAGGAGAAUGAUGCGUGGGAAAGAGGGCACUGGAGGUUGGUAUUAUAAGACCUUUUCGCUUCUCACAUGAGCUAUUUUUAAAGUCCAAAGAGGGGGUCAGUCAGAUUCUAAUGAGUGUUUCUUUAGGUUCAUGAUACAGCAGAAGAGUCAAACUACCACUAGGUUCAUAAAACUGCUACUGGGAAUGCCCACAACUCCUACGUAAGCCUUGUCAAAUAUGUGUUCUUGGGCUGCGAGAUGUCUUAUGAUACGACCCGAGUCACUGGUUAGAGGUAAAGAGGGUUGUUUUUUGUGUUGGCAACUGUGCAGACACGCAUUCGUACCUUCAUUCUUACCUGCGCGUUCCUCAAUUAACUCACCUCCUCGUCGCCUAAUGGAAAAGGUGAGCGAGUGUGUGAGUUAGUUAUUCAAUACUCAUAAGCUGAAUAUUUUGAUUUGUGAAAAGCUGAAUACUUUAAUCAUGAUAUCUUUGCGUAAUGUUUUCAUCGUAAUAUUUGUAUACGUAAGGUUUUUCAUCGACUCCAUGUUCGGGUUGAAUUUAAAUAUGUCAGCAGUUUCAUUUUAUUUUGUGUCCUUUUUUGUUUGUUUGUUUCCACGUUGCAUUUUAUUAUUGUCGAAUUUGAUAGCACGCAGAUACACGAGAACUGAAAAAAAGGCCAGAAAAAAUUUAAGCUCCAGUAAUUAGAAAAGAUGGAAGGGUCACUCGUCUUUUUAAUUAACAUGGACGGUAAAGGUGACGUGAUGAAGGAAAAAAAAAGACACUUAUGAUGAUGAUGAUGAUUACUAAUAUUAUAGCUGAGGAUAAUUAUCAUUGCCUUCACACACACACACACACACACACACACACACACACACACACACACACACACACACACACACACACACACACACACACACACACACACGGCUGUACUGAUUGGACACACGGGCACGACAACAACAACAACAACAACAACAACAACAACAACAACAACAACAACAACAACAACAACAACAACAACAACAACAACAACAACUACUACUACUACUACUACUACUACUACUACUACUACAAUUACCCCCCUCACCACCACCACCACUACCAACAACAACAACAACAACAACAACAACAACAACAACAACAACAACAAGAACAUGACCUCACCUGUGCAGCCUCACGUGACCUGACCUGACCUGACCUGACCUGGUGACACACGUGCACCCCCUUUUAAUCAAACACCUGUGUGGGCUUACAGCCGGAUCCUCUUCACGCACAUACGCACAAACACCUUUUCCCCCGAGCGAGGUAUGGAGAACAAACUAACAAACAAACACUAGCAAGGCCAAAAUGAAGCUCGGCGGACCCCUUCAAACUUAUAUAAAAAAAGAAAAACUACGCACAUGAAAUACAAUACAAUACAAAAAAUACAUCACUACUGCCUAUUUGUAUUUCGUAACUCCAGAUGCGAUUGAUGGCGAAAUGCAAGGUAAAAACAUCCUUCGGUAGACUAUAUUUACCUAGGGCGAAAUGAUUGUGGGUGGAAAGGAAGGAUUGACUCUGUGAUUGUGUGGCGGUGGAGUGACGAGGCAGGCGAUUGCGUUGGACUGUGCUUGAUUGGAGAUGUGAAUAGGUAAGAAAGGUAAAAUUGAUUAUAGAAGCGUAUACGUAUGAUGGAAAGGUAUGAUUAGUGAUUGGAGGUGUGAAUAGGUAGGAAAGGUAUAAUAUAUGGGAGCUGUGCAUAGGUAUUUAGGAAAGGCAUAAGUGAUUGGAGCUUUGUAUAGGUAAUUAGGAAAGGUAUAAUUAAUUGGAGAUGCGUAUAGGAAGGAGAGGUAUAAGUUAGGUGUUAAUACGUAGUGGGAAAGAUAUAUUUGAUUGGAACUCUGUAUACAUAUUUAGGGAAGGUAUAAUGGAUUGGAAGUGUGUAUAUGUGUGUAGAAAGGGCAUUGUGGAUUGGAGGUCUGUAUGGGUAUAUAAAAACGUGUUAUUGAUUGAUUGAUUGAUGAGUAUUUAGGAAAGGUAUAAUAGAUAGAUGUGAUGGAUUGGUGAGAUGUGUGAUGUUACUUCUAGUUGCCACGAUCUGCGAUGUUGAAGUUGAGGUGACAAGACGAGGUAACUCAAUUGUUUUAGGUUGACGUGAGUGUCUGUACAGAGAGAGAGAGAGAGAGGAGUGGCAUAACAUAUUUGAGUUGUUUUGUGUUACUGGUUGCUACGAUGCUGGAGUUAAUGUGACUAGACGGGGUAACUCGGCUGUAUUGUGUUGACGUGAAUGUUUGUACAGAGAGGGAGGGAGGGAGAGGGAGAGAAGGGGAGGGAGGGAGUGGUAGGCUAACCGAUAAAAUGAUGUAUAAAACUUUCCUGUACGAUACCACUUAAGUGUAUUCGGUGUGUGCAAAGUGGUGUGCAGGGAAACUCACUCACUCAAUCUUAUGUAUGUAUUAUCUUUAUUUGGUGAAUAUUAGUGGAUUAGGACAAGGAAAGUGUUGGGGGAGAGUUCAUUGAAGGGAGGAAGGAAGAAAGGAAGGAGGGAGAGAAAGACAGGUGGAAGGAAUGAAGGAAGGGACUGAAAGGAUGAGGGAAGGAGAGAGAGAGAGAGAGAGAGAGAGAGAGAGAGAGAGAGAGAAGGGAAGCUGGAAGGAAGGAAAGAAGGUGGAGAUAUAGGGGGAAAAAAAAGAGGAAAGGAGGUAGAGAAGGAAGAAAGGAGAGAGAGGGGGAGAAAUGAAGCAAGAAAGGGAGAUGGACAGAAAGAAAGAGGAAAGGAGGGAGAGAAGAGAGGAGGAAAGGGAAGAAAAAAGGAGAGACGGAAGGAGAGAGAGAGAGAAAAAAAAGCAAGAAGUGAAGAUGGAAGGAAAAAAAAGAAAAGAGGGAACGAGAGAUAGAAAGAGGGAAGGAGAAGGAGGGAAGAAGGGGUGAAGGAAGGAUAUUGAAGGGACCAAGGAAAUAAGAGAUGCAUUAGGGUGACGCACACAAAUAUAGCCAGUGAAGGGAGUGUAGAGUUAGUGUACAGUGGAGAGGGGAGGAAGAAGUAUACCGACAUAACCUGAUGCUUUGAAUAGUUAUCUCUCAUCACCCCGAGCUUAUUACAGACCGAUAAAGGAGGAAGGGGAGAUAGUUGCAUUUAUACACGUUACUGUUCUUACUAAUGGUGGGAGACUUUCGAAGCUGCAUCAACUUAGGGGGCUGCACUCGACACCGACGUUGCCAGAUUGUCGUACUCAGCCGCUUAUAUUUCACGACUUCCUACCCUAAAACUGUCUUCUGGGCUCCAAUAACGAAACUCAUUUAUAGUUAUCGUUAAAAUAGUUAGAUCCUGAUGUUUCUUGGCAAUAGUUAGGCGUCAGAAACCGGUAAAUACUAUGCUUCGAGUACGAUAAUCUGGUAACGGUGGUCUACUCUUAUCGUUUCCUCUGCUGUGACUCGUUUGAUCCUGGCGGCAUCACCAGCGGGGAGCGGGAGCGGCGACGGUGCUGCCCUCUACGGGGAUCCACACCUUUGAAAAUCUCCCCCACUCCGAUGAUUCAUAUUUUUGUACAUAUAUAUUUCUUCCUAAGCGAGGAGGACAUUGCGAUCUGGGGUUAAGUAACUGGAUGAACUUGUUUUUCAUCUUUGUAAGCGAAAAUACGCGAUGACAGUGAGGACAGAGGAGUGAUAUGACGAUAAGACGAACCUAUCCUCAGUAUUUAUCUUGGCGUUCCCACACGAGUGAAAAAAGUAUGAGUAAAUGUGGCUUUUUUUUCACAUAUAUAGGAUUCCCCCGCAUCAGCCUCUGUACCACCUGAAAAAUGUGAUAUCAAGGGAAAUGUGGAAAAAAGUGAUAAUGAUAAGAACCUUUCCCCACUACUUUUCUUGUCAUUCUUACACAAGCGGAGGAAGGAACAUGAUAACAGUGACUUUUUUGCUCUCUAUUUAAAUACUACUAGAAAAAUAAAUGAUAUGGGAAAUGCGUGGAAAAAGUAAUACUGAUAACACGAACCCUUCCUCACAAUUUCUCUUGCUAUUCCCAUACGAGUGGAUAGAUUUAACAUGGUAUAACAGUGACCAUUUUUUGGCUCCAUUUUAUUACCGCCAGAAAAAAAAAUGAUAUGGAAAAUGUGGGAAAAAGUAAACUGAUAACACGAACAUUGUCACACUACUCUUAGCAUUCCCACACGAGUUAAAAAAAAGUAUGACAUAGUAACAGUGACUAUUUUUUUCUUGUUUACGAUUCUCACAUUGGGUUUUGUACCGCUAGAAAAAAAUAAGUGAUAUGGAAAAUGUGGGAAAAGUAAAAUGAUGAUAAAACGAACAUUGUCACAGUACUCUUAGCAUUCCCACACGAGUUUAAAAGUAUGACAUUUUUUUUUUCUUAUUUAGGAUUCUCACAUUGGGUUUUGUACCGCCAGAAAAAAUAAGUGAUAUGGAAAAUGUGGGAAAAAGUAAAAUGAUGAUAAAACGGACAUUGUCACACUACUCUCAGCAUUCCCACACGAGUUAAAAAAAGUAUGACAUAGUAACAGUGACUCUAUUUUUUUCUUAUUUAGGGUUCCCACACGGGCUUUGUACCGCCAGAAAAAAAUAAGUGAUAUGGAAAAUGUGGGAAAAAGUAAAAUGAUGAUAAAACGAACAUUGUCACACUACUCUUAGCAUUCCCACACGCGUUAAAAAAAAAGUAUGACAUAGUAACAGUGACUUUAUUUAUUUAUUUAUUUAUUUUAUUAUUUAGGAUUCUCACACGGGGUUUGUAUUUACCGGCAGGAAAAAAAAAAACACGGAUAUGGAAAACGUGAAAAAAAGUGGAAAUGAUAAUAUUUUCAACAAUGCAAGUGGGAGUGUUGUUUUUAAUAGUUUUUUUUUUUUUUUUUUUUUUUUUUUAGUAUCCCCGCGCUGUCCCAUUGUACCGCCUGAAAAUAAAGUGGUGGCAAGGGAAACGUGGAACACAAUAACAGUGGAUAUUGGGAAGUGUUUUCAAAGGGUAGACCAAACUCUUUUAUAUAUAGAUACCUACAUUUGUUUUCACUUGGGUCAAAGGAAUAGCUUGAUAACAUAUUAACUUUUCGUCUUUUGUUUUUUCGAUAUUUCCAUACGGCUCUUUUUAAGCCUCCCGCGACGUCACUUUGAGAAGACUGGAAAAUGUUAAGCUGUUAGUAUUAUGAAUUAUCCACACGUGGUUUUAUCUUGAAAAUAAAGGAAAAGGAAUGUUGACUGAGUGCUUUGAAGUUUGAAGCCUAUAAUAUCUUGUGGACUGAGAUCGUCACUUUGGGAAGAAUGGAAAAUGUUGAACUGUUCGUAUCAUAACUUAUUCCCACGUGAUUUUAUCUAGAAAAUGAAGGAAAAAGAAUGUUGACUGAGUGCUUUCAAGUUUGAAGCCUAUAAUAUCUUGAGGACUGAGAUCGUCACUUUGGGAAGACUGGAAAAUGUUGAACUGUUCGUAUCAUAACUUAUUCCCACGUGGUUUUAUCUUGAAAAUGAAGGAAAAGGAAUGUUGACUGAGUGCUUUCAAGUUUGAAGCCUAUAAUAUCUUGUGGACUGAGAUCGUCACUUUAGGAAGAAUGGAAAAUGUUGAACUGUUCGUAUUAUAAAUGAUUCCCACGUGGACUUAUUGCGAAAAAGAAACUGUUGAUAUGUGAGUGUUUUGAUGCCUAAGAUAUUCGUGUACUGAGAACGUCAUUUUGGGAAGAACGGAAAAUUAUCAAAGUGUAACUAUUAUAAAUGAUUCCCACGUGGACAUAUCUAUCAGCAUCGCCGCAGUAUUGUCUUGAGAAAAAACUAUUGAUAUGUGAGUGCUUUGUUGCCUAAAAUAUUUCUUGUGGUCUGGGUAUGUAACUUAAGGAAAAACGGAAAAUUAUCAAAGUGUGAGUAUUAUAAAUCAUUUCCACGUGGACUUAGAAUGAAAGAGAAAAGAAAUGUUGAUACGUGAGUGAUAUGAAGCCUACAGUACCUCAUGGCUAAGAACGUCACUUUGGAGAGAAUGAAAAAUUAUAAAAGUGAGUAUUAUAAAUUAUUCGAAGCCUACAAUACCUCGUGGCUAAGAACGUCACUUUGGAGAGAAUGGAAAAUGCUAAAAAGUGUGAGUAUUAUAGAUUAGUCCCCCGUGGACUUAUUUAUCACCUCCCCAAAAAUAAGUUGAUGACCUGUGAGUACUUUGACGCCUAAAUUCUCCCGUGGCUGAGGAGAGGAGCAGUCGAUUACGCGCUGCCUGAGCCCCUUUCGAUACUGUACGCAGCCUGUCGUAGUUGAGUGUGCCUUUCUUCGGUCCGAUUCGUUUUCUCUCACUCCGCCGAUUCGUUUUCUUUCAAGCCGCGUUGGGGUGACUUAAAGAACUAACCGCAAAGGGGAUGGUCAAGUUCUGGGCAUAUGCUAUAAGCUGCGCGUGACCUCGGUGCUCAUCUCCGUCUCAUUGCCCCCUAAGCUUGUGGUGGGUGAGAACUCGCUACCCAGGAACAUUGAUUAGUGUGACAUCCAGGUUAGCACAGUUUGCCUUCCCCAGGUAGACCCAUUUCUCGACCAGUUGGGUGAGCUCGGCGCCGACUGACCUGGGCUGGGAUUCGAACCUGUGCCCGCGGAUCCGUAGGUAGAUGUGCUAAACACUAGACCACAGAAAACGAAGGUUGUGCGGUUGAGGGGAUGACUGAAGUAUAUAACAUUAAAGAACGAAUCGUAAUUUUUGAAGCGGUGACACACGAGCUCAGUUUCCGGCAUCUUGUUCGUCUCCGAUUAUUAUUAUUAUUAUUAUUAUUAUUAUUAUUAUUAUUAUUAUUAUUAUUAUAAAUGGACAUCAAGGGAAGAAAAAGACCCAGAGUCCCCUCACUGAGCAUACUGUAAAAAUAAAUCAAUAAAAUGACUGGAAUAAGAAUGAAAAGGGGGACUAAAAUAAUUCUUCAACCUUAAUACGGACAACGCCUGGAGCCCCCACGAAGGUAUACUGACCCUGAUAAGCUUUUGUGACGUUCUGUGAAUGCAUAAGAGCGGACAUGUUCGUGGGGUGCAAGAAAGUCUGGAUGCUGGUGUCUAUGACUUGCAAACCUAACCCCCUCACCACUCUUUGGGUCAUAUUCUUAAACAUUUCGACGCCCAAGCUCACAUAUUUAACAAGGCUUUCGUAAGAGUUUGGGUCAUUUCCUUAGGUAGUUUAAUGACACUGGUGGUAGUCUGACCCCUCUUUUCUGCCAUGAACCUAAAAUAACACUCAUAAAAAACCGAUUGAUCUUCUUUUUAACCUUUGGAAUUAGUUGAUGUGAAAGGCGGAAGCGUCUGAGAAUACCAACCUUUGUGUCUCCUGCCCAACCAUUAAUGGGUCAUAGGAUUAUUUUUCGCCCUUAUGAAGCAUUCGCAGCAGGUUUCAGACCCAGAAGAACUAUGGGCCUCCAGAAGUCGACGUACAAUCGGUAAAAAUUUAUUGAAUAUCCACGGGUCGACUGAAUAGUAUUUGAGCAGCAUCUAUAGACAUGGUGUUGUGUUGGUUAGGUGGGUACCCAAGGGUGUUCGGUACUGUUUUACCCAACUGUACAUCUUGUUGUUAUGAAGGGGCGAGAUGCCAUGUUGAGUUUCGGUCGUGCGUCGCGCCGGUAGUUCAGUGUUCGUGAGAGCACAGGAUGACGCCGCGAGAUGCCGAAAACAAAUGCUCGUGUGUCACCCGCUCGAGCUUCAAGGAGACGAUGCAAGGGGAUUGUAACCUUCACGGGGAUGACUUAAGAGGGAUGUAACCUUUAAGAAGAAAAUGAUGAAUGAAUUGUAACCUUUAUAGGGCUGACGAGCGGAUUGUAACCUUUAAAAAAUUACUAUGGAGGAUUGUAAACUUUAAAGAAUAACUGUAGAGGAUUGUGAGCUUAAAAAUGAUGUCUAGAGGAUUGUAACUUUCAAAGGAGGACUCUAGAGGAUUGUAACCUUUAAAGAAUGAUGACUAGAGGGUUGUAAUCUUUAAAGGAGGGGUCUAGAGGAUUGUAAACUUUAAAAAUGAUGGCUGGAGGGUUGUAACCUUUGAAGAAUGAUGACUAAGAGGGUUGGAUGUCUCUAGAGGGUUGUAACCUUUGGGGGAUGAGUCGUAGAGGGUUGUAAGUUCUGAGGGGCGAGUGGAGAAUUAAUUAAGCGUCGCCGGCGUUGAUGUUGUCCGUGGGUCACCGUCUCUAUACCAUCAGUGUUCAGUGUGAAAUACUCUCCUGCAGUACCGCCUAUGUGUUACUUCCUCCCACCAAUGGAGCCUACUGCGUAUUCCAAAAAACUUAUAGUCAUAAAUAUAUUCAGCGUACUGUUAUUUGAGCAUGGAUAUAUUAUUCUAUACUUAAUCUAUAAUAUAUUGUAGGUUUCAUGUACAAUUCAUGUGUUGUAUCGGUUACCCCAAUAGUAGGUUUAAGUGGAUCAUUAUAAUGGAUAAGGAGUGGAUUUAUUAUGUUUAGGUUAUAACACUACGAGGAAUGAAGAUAGUGGGAAGGA